AUGGAGAGAGAGAGGGAGGGAGGAGGGGGGGGAAGCGAAGGUGGGUGGAGGAAAAAAUUGUCCCGCACUAACUUCGUUUCCGGUGUAGCGGCGAUGGGCUGUCGAAGCAACCAACCGUGGCUCGUUGCCCUGGUUGCUGCUCAACCAUCACGUUGGCUCCAUCCUCACGGCCUUGCCUGCUGCCAUCAUGGAUCAUUGAAGGUUAUUUCUGGCGGUCGCCUCCCUGCCGCUCGUCCCGACUCUUUUCCGUGCGGGAAUCAGCGGAGAUGGAGCAGUGGGAGCGGACAUCUUGGAGGAUCAUGGAUAGUCUUCCCCGACCGAUAUUACCCCGUCUAA